GGGGGGGGGGGGGGGGGGAGGGUCACAUGCCGAGCGCCCCUUUCUCUUAUCUUUCCUCCCCCUCCCGGGCCGGCGAGGCUCUGUGAAGACGCCAAGAUGGCGACGAGCAACUAUUACGGUUUCGCGCCGGGUGCCGGCCCGCAGUACAGUACUCAACCUGCUACUGCUUAUUCUCACUCAAGCACUGCAACAAAUUAUUCAGUCCAGCCAAGUCCUGGAGUAUCCCAGGCUGUGACCCCAUCAUAUGUUCCUACAACUCCAGUGCCCCGGCAAAUCUCCUCAGUGGGUUUUGGUGGAUACCAGGCCCACACAGGUCAGGAUUACAGUUACAAUCCUCGUCAGCAGGAACCAACCUCACAGCCUUCCACAGCAUUGAAUUACCAGGACAGUUACUGUUAUGGACGAUCCACACCUAUUAGCAGUUAUGAGAAUAAACCGUAUUAUCAGCUUACUGCUAGCCAGGCUCAGCACACUGCCACAGAUUCUUACUACCAAUCAGGUACUAAAGGAGGCUACAGUCAGUCUAGCAGUGGUUACAGUCAAACUCAGCCCCAAAGACAAAUGACCACAAUUAAGCCAGUUCAGACAGUGAGUACCACAUCUUCAAGCUAUAACUAUCCAGCUGUGACAACUGUUCAGCCAAAUGUACCUGGUUCCUCUAUUCCUUCAUACACCCCCUCUUCCUCUUACAGUUCCAAUUUGGCAUCAUAUACUGGAUCCAGUUAUUCCAGUUAUGAUGCUUCAGUAUAUUCUGGAGCUGACACAUACUAUCCAACACCACAACAGCUCCAGCCACCGCUUCAGGCCCUGCCUCAGCCUCAGCUCAUUACACCUCAGCAACAGCAUCCACAACCUCCACCACAGCCUCUGCAGCCUCCUCCCCUGCCAAAGCCCCCGGGGCCAUCUCCAUGGGCCAACAUGGGGUGUGGCACAAGUACCAGCUCUGUCAGUAGCUUCCCCAAGAAAUCAACUUUUCAGAACAAGCAGCUAAAACCCAAAGGCCCUCUCAAACAACCUCAGCUGUACUACUGUGACAUCUGUAAGAUCAGCUGUGCUGGUCCCCAGACUUACCGGGAACAUUUAGAAGGACAGAAGCACAAAAAGAAAGAGUCAGCUCAGAAGUUGGGUAACCAAUCAAACAUUGGCCUUCGUGGGGCUCAAACACAGCUGCAUUGUGAGCUCUGUGAUGUGUCUUGUACAGGAGCAGAUGCAUAUGCAGCACAUAUCCGGGGAUCCAAACAUCAGAAGGUUAUUAAAUUACAUACAAAGUUGGGGAAACCCAUCCCUUCAGUAGAGCCAGUAUUAGUGAACUCUGUUCCUACCAACAUAGUGAAUAAGCUGGCUCCCCAUGUCACUACUACUGCCACAACUUCUGUCACACCAGCAAAAGCAGCAAAUGUAGCCAUCACCAACAGCACAAGCUACCCAAGAAGGCCGGUACUGACCAAGAAACCAUUUACCUCAAAGAUAACAUAUGUGGGAACUAACAAGCCACAAGCAGCUGGCAACAGACUUGAAGAGGGAAUAGUGGUCCAGUCAAAAUCAGAGCUACCUAGUGAACAGUCCACACGUGAUAAUUCUGGGGAUGCUUCUGUAGGCUUGUUUGAUGUGCAGCCAGUAGGACAUGACUAUGUGGAAGAGGUGCACAAUGAUGAAGGAAAAAUGAUUCGCUUUCAUUGUAAGCUGUGUGAAUGCAGUUUCAAUGAUCCUAAUGCCAAGGAUAUGCAUUUGAAGGGACGUCGGCACCGACUACAAUACAAGGCGUCUGACAACAUGGCUGAAAACAUCAUGCUAAGAAGUAUGGGAGCAAGCACAAAGCCUUGUUUCACUCCAUUGGUGACUAGGAAAGCUCAAGAGAAUUGUCCAUUAUCUAGAGCCCAGAAAAAAGUGAAUCCCGAUCUCCCAGUUGAGAUUAAGCCCAGCAACAGAGCUCGGAAACACCACGAAGAGAAAAUAAAGAAACAGAAACAGAAAGACAUGUUGAAGCGUUGGCAAGAGGAACAACAGCGUCGUCAUAAAGAAAUGAGACUCUAUGAAGAAGAAAUAUAUUGGAGGCGAGUAGGAAAAGAACAUUUAUAUUGGGAAGAACAUCAACGCCGAAUAGUGACUGAUUGGACUCCACCUCCCCUCAUGGGCAGACCAGGGGUACCUGUUCCCUCACUUUUGGGUUCAAGGCGUCCUAACACAUCUGAUGACCGGCAUAUCAUGUCCAAGCACUCUACUAUUUAUCCCACUGAAGCAGAGCUACAGGCCAUCCAGAAAGUGGUUUCUCAUUCAGAACGAGCCCUCAAGCUGGUCUCAGAUAUCCUGGCAGAAGAAAAAUCAGAACAAGAUGAAGAGGGUGGUGAAAAACGCAAAAUAGAUUCUUCAUCAAGAAUACUGAAAGGUGUGAUGCGAGUUGGAAUCCUAGCAAAGGGCCUUCUGCUCCGAGGAGAUAGGAAUGUGCACCUCAUCCUUCUGUCGGCUGAGAAGCCCACACAGUCUCUCCUCCAAAAAAUCACUGAGCAGCUAUCCAAGCAACUUUUGACAGUAACCGAGGAUAAGUAUGAGGUUUCAUCUGACACAGAAGAAGCAAAUAUAGUUAUUGCCUCAUGCAAGGAACCAAAAAUGCAGGUUACGAUUUCUGUCACAUCGCCCCUGAUGCGAGAGGAUACUUCCACAGACAAAGAAGAGUCUCAGCCUGAUCCUAUAGGUGUCUUGAGUCAACAAAAAUGUCUAGAGUCAUUGGCUGCUCUUCGCCAUGCCAAGUGGUUCCAGGCCAGAGCUAAUGGUCUGCAGUCAUGUGUGAUUGUUAUCAGGGUUCUUCGAGAUCUAUGUCAGCGUGUGCCAACAUGGGGAGCCCUACCAGACUGGGCAAUGGAGCUUCUGGUAGAAAAGGCUUUGAGCAGUGCAUCAGGGCCUCUGCGUCCAGGAGAUGCCAUGAGACGUGUGCUGGAAUGUGUAGCCACAGGAACACUCCUAAUAGAUGGACCAGGACUUCAAGAUCCAUGUGAGAAAGACCAGAUAGAUGUGCUGGAUGUCAUGACAAAUCAAGAACGAGAGGAUGUCACAGCUAGUGCCCAGCAUGCUUUACGGAUGUUAGCUUUCAGACAAAUCCAUAAAGUACUAGGAAUGGACCCUUUGCCACCACCCAAAAACCGAGUUGGUUCACACAGCAAGAAACGGCAAAGAGAUGUCAGUGAGGCAGUGGAAGGAGAGACUGAAAGGAAGAAAGAGAGGAAGGAGAAUGAAGAUGAUGACUGAGCACUUACAACUAAGAUAAUGUUCAUAUACAACUUGAAUUUUAUAUGUACAUACACAUGUGUGCACACGUACUCCUCUACAAAUGUGUGUAUGUAUAUAUAAAUUGCUGUUUAGUCUAUGACAUUUGAUAAUUUUAGUGUUUUCCCCUUGAAUAACGUAUUAUAGAUUUGUUUCUCAAAUUGUGCUUAAAUCAUUUUAAAAAUUGCAUCAUUUCAAGAUUGCCUUUGGGCAAUAGCCUCAUUUCAUGUUGUCCCUUUCCACUUUUCCCCUCAUUCCUGAGGAAACCCUCCCCACAGAAAAACAGAUAGAAAGAUGCAGGCAUAUUUUUUAAUUCUUGUAUUUCUUGAAAGCUUUAAAGAUGUAUAUUACAGCAUGUAUAGAGGGAAAUACCAGAUAUUGGUUUUGAACCUUAAAAUCAUUUCCUUUGGCUGUUCCAUCCUCAAGCUAGAAUGAAUGUAGAUUUGCCCAUCUUGGGGUCUGGACAGCAGGAAGAGUGGUUUAGAAGAAUCAGGGAGAUCAGUUUGCUCUCCCAAAAGAGCAAAAGAAAAAAAAAAAAGACAAAAACAAAACAAACAAAAACCAAAAACAAACUUGUGACAGGUAUAGAGCUUUGAGCCAAGAGUCAUAUAAGGCAAACAAGCCAGUGAAGUAUUAACAUUUACUUCAUAGGCAUUUCUUGUUCUUCAUUCAAUAAAGUCAACAUAAAAAGGAAAACAACUGAAAAAACCCAGCUUACCUGUUCCUCUUAACUUGUUAACAUCUUCACAAGUUAUACUGGUCUCUGUUAUUGAACUUUGUGGGUGAGAAUUUAUGAGUUUCUCUUUUGAGAGCACUGAGUGUGUUUCAUUAUUGGCAGUGAAGGUAGAGAUCAGUGUUAUUCUAUGAACAGAUUUGAUGAUAGAGUGAAAGAGUAUAUAGUUAGCACUCACUUUAAAAAUACCUGUUAUUUACUUGAGAACCAUUAACCAUAGAAAUUUUGCAUAAACCAAUGAGUGCCUUCUAGAGAGAGGUGGCCAAGACUCACAUAAUGAACAACUUAUUUUUAAUUUUUAUUUAAGGUGAGUUUUUCUUCUAUUUUGUUCAUUUUAUUUAUUUUGUAUAAGCUUCAGUCUCAUUUUUAAUAUCAUCCAAUUCUGAAGCUUAGGCUUUUCUUGGUAACACCGCUCUGAAAUGGAAAGGCCAGAGAAUUUAGUACUUAGUUGGGCAGCUACCCAGGAAGGCCUUUAAAUACUUGUAUGUGACAAAAUGUCCUUCUGACUUGGUGGAAAGUGGGAAGAAGACUGCAGGUGCUAGUGUUGAGGUGGAACUGAAGUAGUGAGGUCAGUGAACUGGGAGGCCUGUAGCCCCACCCUAAUCAGUUUAACCUCUUACUUUGCAGAGAAUUUCUCCAUUGGUUGCCUUAUGGCACUUACCAAGAAAAAGAACAAAUUUUAUUUUGACAGAUGUGCUCUAUGGUCACUUGAAACAAUUUAUUGUUUUAUUUUUUAAUGUCUUAAAAGGAGAGCCAAUAAUGGCUUUAAUAUUUGAAUGUCUUUGUAGUGCUACCUGAAAAUUUAAAAAUGGAAAAAAUAAAAUGAAAAUUAUGCUUCCA